GUUUCAGGUAUAAUCCACGAAUGAGUGCUGUCUGGAAUUAUUUUCGCAAGACAAAUGAUGGAUUUGGCAAUCUCAUUGGUAUAUGCACAUUAUGUCAACGCCCGCUCAAGAUUCCCAAAUCGAAGACCACAACGAAUUUGUUGGGUCAUCUGAGGACAAGCCAUGGUGAAGAAUUGGGCAACAUCACUAGGAAGAGGGGCUUUGAGGCUGGAAAUUACGGAAAUCCUACCUUCGAUGACCCUCGAACGGCAGUGCACAGAAGCUUAGCUCGACUUGUUGUCGAAGGAGCGAUACCGAUUGAGACCACAGCGCUCAAGCCAUUUCAUGAUUUCUGCGCUGCAAUGAGCCCUUCGUACCGUCCUCCGCCACUGAGAAUUCUUCGAAGUUUGCUUGAUGAAGAGGGAUGCCGUUUGGAAAUGGCAAAUCGAAUGACGCUUGCCGAUAUGUCGUCAAUUAUCUCGCUGUUGGUAGACCUUUACUAUCCGGUCACUUCCAACCAGGGUUUUUUGCUCGUGGGGGCGCAACUGCUGUCACGAGCCUCGCUCGAAAAAAGGAUCAUAGUCUUAGAUGUGGUGCCCGUGGAUGACGAUAGUGGCACAAUGUCCGAAACCGUGGUGAGCUGCUUGCGAAAACUCGAUGUGGAUUUGGCUCGGAUAGGAACUGUAGUGGCGAAUGAGAUUCGACCGUUGCAAGAACUAGCGCUUUGUCUUCGCACAAAAUUUGUUCCUUGUGCGGCUAAUGCCAUGUGUCUUGUUGUUGGAGACACACUCCAUAUGGAACCAUGCGCUGCAACAAUUGCAAGAUUACGUUUUCUGGUAUCGGAAUUCCAGAGAAACAGAGCCGCGAAAAUGCAACUGAGAAGUCGCCAGAGGGAAUGCAAAUUACCCGAAGUAACCCUGGCUGUCGAUACUCCAGAUCGCUGGAUCACCACUUACAGUAUGAUCUGUGAUUUUAUGAUCACACUGCCAGUAUUCACUGAGUUGAUGGGGAGAAUGAACUUACCAAAGCUGCAAGAGGGUGAUGUGCAUUUUCUGGAAGCCCUUAGGACAUUUUUGGAGCCGUUCUACUCACUCACUAAGCAGGUCUGUGCGAAAGAUGCAACUGCUUCGGUGUUCCUUGCUGUUGGACGAAUACUUAUAACGACGACUGAGAAGCACCAAAGGGAAUCAGUCGGUGAAGCUCAACGCUUUGCCCAGUUGCUAUGCGAAAAUACUUCGAAGUACUUCACUCCAUGGUUGGGCGACGAGUUUCUUCAACUGGCCGCAUUCCUUGAUCCUCGUUUUGCAUAUCUGGAAACCGUUCAACCGAUGAAAAGCUGGACCGCAACUGUGGAGAAGUUUAUCGCUCAUCAUCAAAGCAUGCAUCCGCCUAGAGAGGAAGCGCAAGGAGGUAGCGGAAGUUCUUUGCAGCAAUCACAAAGACAGCAGACGUCGGUGUGGGAGAUUCUGCGAGAAAACCAAGAUGCUCCCAGCACCAGUUCAGGUGUUUGGAAUCAAGGCGAUGAACUCAGAGCAGAACUCCAGCAUUAUGGCGGUAUACUGAGGACAUCACGCCCGGCGUUCAACACGGACCCAAUUCUUUGGUGGAGGGCUUAUAUGUUGGAAUUCCCCAUUCUCGCAGCUGCUGCCUUCAGCCAUCUGGCAACUCCAGCUACGACUGUGGACUGUCAGCGUUUGUUAAGUUUGGUUUCGGAAUCACCAGCUGUCAGGGAACAAAAUGGUCCAAUAAGAAAAACCGAUCGUUUGUUGCUAACUCUCAAGGCGCAUCUGCACAAGGAUGUGAGCAGAGAAUGUAAAGCUUGGACGAUUGCUGAAGUGCGGAACUUUGGCUGUAGUGAAUCUGCUAGUGUGGACGACAUGGAGGAAGACCUGAAUCUUUCGACUGUGUAUAGAUCAGAUGAGGAGAAAACUGUGUUCGAUGCGGGAGAACCACUAAUGUCAUAUGUGGAAGAGGACGAUCUUGAUAAUAUGAAAAACAGACAAAGCUAGGGUAAUAUAUUUGUUUUCACACUUUGUGUGUAAUCACGCCCAGAAUGGGUCAGACUAUGUAGAAUUUUAUGUCCUGAGGUUGUUAUAUUUAUAUUGUUUUUCAUCUUCAGGUAGUAUAUCGAACGAGUAUUGUGACUUUGUCAUAAGCUGUAUUCUGCGUUGUGAGUUAGUGUGC